CCAUCCACCACCACAGCAUCAUGUCUUGCUGCAGCUACUGGCAUAUCCUGUCCAACCCCAUCCCCCAAUAUGACUGCAUUACAAACAAGGCUAGAAAGACAACAACAAAAUUUAAGGACUGCACUGAAGAUGCGCAGGGAAAAAAAAUACCCAUCACCAAACAAACAAAGGACACACACUUUCAGGUAUGGCUUGCUACAGGACCCAGACAAAAUAAUGGCGUUUUCUAUGAAAUUCGCACCUAUGAUGUUAAGCCAGCGAAGAUGAAGGAGUUUUUGGAAACGAUCAACAAGUACUUGCACAUCCGCACAGCUCACUCGGAGCUGGUGGGAUUCUGGUACUCGGAGCUGGGAGCGAUGAACAAGGUGUUUCACAUUUGGAAGUACGAUAAUUUUGCCCACAGAUCAGCAGUCCGACAUGCACUAGCAAAUGACAAAGAAUGGCAGGGAAAAUUAAUCUCUGUGAUUCUCCCCUUGAUAGAGAAGCAGCACAAUGAGGUUGCUUAUCUGGUACCCUGGUGUCAACUUGGGAAGCCUCCAAAGGAAGGAGGUGUAUAUGAAUGGGUUACUUUCCAGAUGAAGCCUGGUGGGCCAGCAUUGUGGGGUGAAGCAUUUCGAGCUUCAAUCAAUGCUCACAUCAACACAGGAUAUACCAGGCUGAUUGGUGUUUUCCACACAGAAUAUGGAUUUCUUAAUACAGUCCAUGUGUUAUGGUGGAACGAGAGCCCAGAUCACCGGGCAGCAGGAAGACACAGUGCCCAUGAAGAUGCCAGAGUUGUAGCAGCUGUGCGUGACAGUGUCAGAUUCUUGGAGUCCCAGCAAAAUGUGCUUCUGAUUCCUCUGCGAUGCUCACCGCUGAAGUAACCUUCUUCUAAAGGAUGUAACUGAUGGCAGAAGAGACAAGAUGGAAGUGCUGUCAGCAAGUGACAUGGAUUUCCAUACCCUCAUGAGCUGAGCUGUUCUUUUAUUGACAAAAAAAUAGAUGCAAAAUGCUGAUUCACUUGCAAUGCAAAUCAGCACUCUUGAUCCCAGUUGUUAAAAAGAAAUUUUUAGUCAUGUUCCUACAUCUCCAGGGCAAAGAACUUGUGCCAUAUCAUGAUACACACCAUGCCUCACCAGUCUUCUAUUUUAUACCUAAAUUCUUCAUAAUUUUUGCACAGCUAGAUCACUUAUCAAACUGAGUAAGUGAAGUGCUCUUGUCCAGCAUUCCAGCAGGGAUGGUAUAAUUUUUAUAACAUAGUUUGAUGCCUCUUAUUACAUCUAAUUUAUUCCACGCAGAUUAAGAUGAUGCCUAACGAGGCUACCUGGAACAGAGGCUGGACGGUGUUAAAGGAAUAAAGUAGAUAUUUAUUAAAAGGCUUCAAAGGGUACACCUUGGGCAGUACAAGAGCUCAGCUGUGGCUCCACCCGAGAUUUAUCCAAGAUGAAUAACUGGUCACGAGUUUUCACCCUUUUAUGGGUUUUGGUCCAUUUACAUAUUGGGGUUAAUUAUCCAGUUACAACUUUCGAUUAUGAAGUCCCAUGCUCCCAGCAUGCUCUUCUCAAUCCACACGUUUUGAGCCUAAAGCUGCAGUGGCGUCCUUGGUUCUCAGUUGUUAAACUAAACUUGCUAACACUUUAUUAUGAAUUUCAUAGUCACACACCAUUGCAGUACAGAAUCUGAUAAGGCAUCAAAGAAGGAAACUCCCACAUAUAUCUUACCCAAUUAUGAUUUAAUCAGACUUCUCACUGGGAUGUUUAUAUUAAUUCUGAGCAAUGUACAACAUCAGUGUAUCUGGAAUUGCAGUUAAGGGCAACAGUGGGGCUGAUUAGAUAGUGUAUCCUAAUGAGCUCUGCCAUGAGACUUUUUACUUAAUAACUUGUUAUGGUUCAUUUCAGCCUUUUCCUUUUUUGUUCAUUAAAUACUGCCUCAAAACUUUGAGUUACUCCCACAAGCUUUGCCUUGGGUAUUUUGAUAUUUGUUUAAGGCACUAAAGCUGAUUAGCCCUUCUUGUUCAAUUGUGUCAUCAGACUCAACUGAUUUACAUGUGCUGGCAUUCUUUGAAAUACUUUCUGUCAGACUGUUAAAAGCUAAAUAAAUGAGUAUAAAGCAUUAA